AUUAACCACGAGGACGAUAAUUAUUAAUUUUGCCCGAUGAACAUAGUCGUGCUUGUACGCACAGGUCACGAAUUAAGUUAAUCCACAAUAUCAUUGAGAUCUUAGUUGGCGACUGGUGUAUUACGCACAAUCAUGUCCUUAUUUAUACUAAACCAUGAAACGAAUUUUGAGCACAUAAUUGGUGUGCUGUUCAACAAUUGGACCGCACUCAAAUUGGCUAUUGAACAUGGCAUGGGUGGAUCGUCUGAAGUCAUGCAAUUCAAAAUAAGUGAUCUAAUAAAGAACAUACACGAGUGUCUUCGAAAGUCUGGUGACAACAUGUGUUGGACGAGUAUAUCUGAUAUUAUUGAAGACGUGAUGGAUGUUGGGUUUGAUGUUGUACUUGAAGAUGCUUCUGCUGAUGAUUUAAGUAAACAUAUUUGUAAUCUCUACUCUGAUUGGAACCAGUCGUUAGAUGGCCGAACAAAAGUUAUAGAUGAACUCAGAAGUUUACCUACAAUAAUUCCUAUUCAAAUUGUACCAGUUAGACCAAUACGUGAAAAACAAAAGAAAGAUGAUUCAUCGUCUAGUGAAGAGUCUGAAGCCUGUGAUGAUGGAUGGACAGUGGUGAAACAUAAAUAAAACUUACCAGCAAUAUGUUUUACUUUUUUUUGUUUAUGAAAUAAUAAUGAAUUUUAUUAGGUAAUGGGCUGUUGUAAUGUGCUGUUAUUUAUAACAAAACAUUUAAUUUUCAUAUGAGUAUACUAACUAUAGUGUUUAUAAACUCUUUUAUGUUAUAAUUCCUAACUAUAUAAAUGUAUAUUAUUAAUAUUUAGUAAUUUUUCUUGUACAAUUAUGAUUGAAAAUUAGAUAAAAAAAAUUUUUAAAUUCAUAAUUUAUAACCUGAUAAAUUAUGAUGUUAACUUGUCUUUUUUUGAUAGACAUUUUAACAUAAUAUACAGAUUACAGAAUGUCACAAUAUUUGUCACUGUCAAAUGGUAAUACAAAUAUUAUUUUAUUAUUGAAAAA